AUGACGGCGAAGAUUUCUGACCUUCCCGCCGGCGCUAACCCCAAAACCACCUCCAGUUCAAGAGCCCUCCAACAGCACCUCUUCUCCCUGCUCAGCCGCUGCAAGCAUCUCCAGUGUCUUACUCAGCUCCACACCCAGAUCGUAAUCAACGCCUACGCCCAGAAAAGCUUCAUUCUCGCCAAGCUUCUUUCCUCCUACUUAGAUUCCGGCCGCCUCCUCUCCGCCGUCCGUGUUUUCGGAGACUUGGAAGCCCCGAGUACCACCGUAUGGAAUCAGGUCAUCAGGGGUCAUGCUCGGAGCGAAACGCCGUACAACUCUGUCCGACUCUUCGAUCAAAUGGUCGCCAGGGGAGCCGAACCAGAUGGGUUCACGUACUCCUUGGUCUUCAGCGCCUGCGCCAAGUCUGGGUCCUUGACAGAAGGCGAGCAGCUUCACGGGAGGGCUCUGUCGACUGGGCAUUGCUCGAACAACGUGUUUGUGAAUACCAGCUUGGUUAACAUGUACGCCACGGCGAGUGGUGGAUCCCGAAUGGACUGCGCCCGUCAGGUGUUCGACGAAAUGGGUGAAAGAAAUGUCACCACUUGGACCACCCUGAUAGCUGGGUACCUGCGGGGCGGGGAUUUUGAUUCUGCGAGCAAGGUGUUCGAUGAAAUGCCCGAGAGAAACGUUGUCGCCUGGACCGCUAUGAUUGCCGCCCACGCACGAAGUGGCAAGUGCAAGAAAGCAUUGUGUCUGUUCAAUGAGAUGAGGAUCGCCGGGGUCGAACCAGACCAGGUGGCUCUGGUGGCGGCAUUGUCAGCUUGUGCUGAACUCCGGGAUUUGGAGCAGGGGAAGUGGAUUCACUCCUACGUUACAGCGUCGUUCACUGCUCGAAACAAGCCGGUACUCGUGUCUCUGAACAACUCUCUCAUCCAUAUGUAUGCUAGCUGCGGUAUGAUUGAGCAAGCUUAUGAGGUGUUUCGAUGGAUGCCGGAGAGGACGAUCGUGUCUUGGACCAGCCUGAUCGUUGCAUUUGCCAAAUCCGGCUACGCAGAACAGGCACUAGCCGUGUUCCAUCAUAUGCAAAAUCUGGGAGCCAGAGAAGCAAAGCCUGAUGGAAUAACGUUCCUGGGAGUCCUCUGUGCUUGCAGCCGUGGUGGAUUCGUCGACGAAGGUCGCCGAUUCUUCAAGGAAAUGAGCUCUGUCUAUGGUGUUAGCCCUAGGGUUGAACAUUAUGGAUGCGUGGUUGAUCUGUGCAGCCGUGCUGGACUCCUGGAUGAAGCAACCGAGCUGAUCAAGACCAUGCCAAUGAAGCCAAAUGAGGCCAUAUGGGGUGCUGUUCUUGGUGGCUGCAGAAUACACAGGAAAGCCGAACUGGCUUCCGAUGUGGCUCGAAAGCUGGUUGGCGAACUUGAUCCGAAUCGAGCUGCUGGCUAUCUCUUGCUGUUGGCUCAUGUCUAUGCAACGGAUGGUAGAUGGCAAGAUGUUGCCACCGUGAAGCAAAAGUUGGUCGAGAUUGGCGCCAGUAAGCCUGCUGGCCGUAGUUGGAUUGAAGUUUAG